AUGAGUAGGAUAGAUCCGCGUAUCGCGGCCGUAGACAAAACAACCGGCGAGAUGUGGGUCAAGAUGCAGCCUCGUUUUCCUGCUGGCAGUGCUGACAAGCAAGAAUUCAUGGCGUCAAAUGGACUGAGAACGAAGCCGGGCGGUAGCACGGGAACAACGACAAAAGCUUCGAUGCUAGAGGCGACAACGUCAUGGACGGUAGCUGCGCUAUUGCACCCUUCACACGUGCAGAUGAAGCACACUGAGCUAGAUGAGCAGCAGAAAUCCUCUACGUUCGAUCCUAGCCAAGAUUUCUUAACGAAGAUGGCGGCAAGCUGGCAAUUCAAAUUUGCGCCUGCAGCUCACUCGCGCUUUGGCGCAAAGAUGAGUGACAGUGAAGAAGAUGUUCACGCUGCAGGUCAGCACGAAGGCUUGAUUGACAGACGGACAGGACAUCAUUGA